AUGGCAAACUAUGGUCAAGUGCCAACAGAUGUACAAAUGCAAACUGCCAUGUCAAAUGACGCUGCGUUAGGUUUGCCACCAUGGUAUGCAAAUAUGAGAUGGAAAGAGUUUUAUACAAACCCUGAAGUGGGAUAUAAACAACUUUAUGCAGAUGACGCGAACACAGGAGUUGACCCAGAAUAUGUUUUCUACCAGAGGAGAAACAGAAUGUAUGAGCUCCAGUUAAAGAAUGCUAUGGAACUCAACAGGAAACGCAAAAGACUAGGCGGACAUUAG